GAGUUUAUAAAAAGAGAUGAGAUGAGAGGUCUCAUUUCCAGCUGAAGCAGUUUCAAAAUGAGGAAUAUUUUUACAUCUUUAUUAAUCCUGGCAUUUUGCACUAGAUAUUGCACAUCUGUUACCAGCCCAGGCAAAGGAAAACCAACAGAUUGCACUUCACCUGAUAUUUCACAUGCACAAAUACUCCCUAAUAAGACAAGAUAUGCUGAAGAAGAAACUUUAUUUUAUGCUUGUGAGAAGGGGUAUAAAACAAGCAAAGGAUUUUGGUGGGGUGAGACACAGUGUACAUCUGGAAAGUGGCAACCCAACCCAGAAUGCAUUGAUGAAAGAAUAGCUUGCCCGCAGCCACCACACGUGGAAAAUACAGUCAUUACAACUAAGCCUAAACUGUUUGUUAAUAAGGACAAAAUAGAAUAUAUGUGCAUAUUCACUGGUGAAAUGCUAAGCAAUGCAUGUGAGAAAGGAAUGUGGAAAAAUAAUCAUCAAUGUUCUGAAUUUUGUUCUGUGCCACAAAUAUUCGAUGGAUUUCCUCACCAUCCAUCUAAAAGGUAUUUCUAUGGUGAUAAACUGGAAUAUGAAUGUAAUAAGGAUUACAGGCGUUCUGAUGUUGCCUCAGAAUGUACCAGACGAGGGUGGAAGCCCACGCCACAAUGUACAAUUUUAACUUGUGAAGUUCCAUACAUUACAAGUGGCAGAAUCUCCAAUCCUGUAAAAGAAUACAAUGUAAAUGAAACCUUACAGUAUUUUUGCACUGGCAAUUUCAAGCGAUCUCGAACUGAUCCUGUUUGCACUGUUGAAGGCUGGAAACCAAAGCCAGUCUGUAAUGAUGGAAGAUGUUUUCUGCCUCCUAAAAUUGACAAUGGAGACAUAAAAGAAGAUAUUAACUCAUGGUAUAAAGAUGGUGCUGAAGUUCCAUAUCAAUGCAAAGAGAACUAUGUGAUGGAAGGUGACAGUGUUGUCAAAUGUUCUGUAGGAGACUGGUCCAAACCACCUCAGUGCAUGAAGCCCUGCUUUUUGAUGAUUCAGAAACAACCAAAGACACUGAAACAUAAAGAAGAAUUGAAAAUUAUAUGUCCGAAUAGGAAACAAACAACAUUAAUCUGUGAAAAUGGAAAACCACUUAAUACAUGUCCUUCAUGAACAUUUUCAGUAAAAGAGAACACAUGGUGGAAAAAAUCCAUGGUGCUGGAAGAUUCAUUCAUUUAUCUGUUUUUAUUAUGUGAUUUUCUACAUUACUACUCUAUAUUACUGAACUGAUUGUUUGAAGUGGAACAGUUUUAUGUAAUCAAAGCACAUUGCUGCUAGAAAGUAUAGUUAUAUAUAGUGAAUGUGAAAAGAUCUCUCUCAAAAAUGUUUAUAUUUUUGAACACAUUGUAAUAUAACAGGUUAAAACAGCAAAAUACUUUUGUAAUGUAAGAGUUGACUAAUCAACAAUGUGUCUCUUAAAACAGUAAACUAUGCUUCCAGUAAUUUCAAUGACUUCAUUGCUUCUCAAUUGUUAGAUCUUAAUAAACGAUACAAACCCUGUUAACUACUGAGACCACCUGGGGUACUCCGCCAACUAGCACGCAAAUUCUUGAAAUACAUAUUUGAUCUUUUUCCAGGUUAGGCAGAGUUGUCUUAUCCCACAGGAAAAUUUGUUUGCAGCAGGUUAUUAUAAAACGCAGGGCAUUUUUACAGAGAUACAAGAAUGUAAGUCAAGUUGUUACUGGCCAUAAGUUUCUACAAAAUAAAAAUAAUGAACUCUAACAGCACACAAUAAUAAUUCAGAAGGAUCCCCUCAACCACUAGAAUUUAAAACACCAAUAGAUCUAGCGAUAAAAGAGUUCUUAAAUCUGUUGUAUUUGUUCCUUGGGAACCUAAAGUGCAGCCUGAUGUCAAGAAAUUAAAUUUAAGAAACAGAGGUGGGCUAAAGUUUGGCACAACUAAGUCGGCCUUCUUUCUAACUUGUUUGUGAUACAGCUCAGUUACAGAGGUUUGCUGCAAACCAAAUUAUUUCACUAUUUACUUUGACAUUGUUUUUUAGACAAUUUGUGUUAAUAGUGCUAAGGUUUUCAAAUCAACAUACAAGAGCAGAUGUAACAACAGGUUUGAUCAAACAUUAAAACAACUGAGUUUCCUUAUGAAUAAAAGUCAUCUCUGUACCUUCUUAA